CUAGCUCCCAGUUCUGCCACUGCUUGCACGGCUGCUGCCACCGUCCAUGCGGAGACCUAGCUCCCCUUUUUUUGUGCUUGGCUUCCACACGUAUGUCCGGCUGGCUCCAUGGGGCUGGAGCUCUACCUGGAUCUCCUCUCUCAGCCCUGUCGGGCUGUCUAUAUCUUUGCCAAGAAGAACAACAUCCCCUUUGUGUUCAAAGAUGUGGAGCUGUUCAAAGAUUCCAUCCUGGGGACGAAGGUGCCAGGUGCAAAUAACCCAGGGGGGUCGACACCGGCAGGACCACAGCUCAAGGUGAACAUGGUGAAGAAGGUUCCAAUCUUGAGGGAUGAGGCCUUCAUUUUGGCAGAAGGCAAUGCAAUCCUUCUGUAUCUGAGCCGCAAGUACAACACCCCAGACCACUGGUACCCGUCAGACCUACAGAAACAAGCAAAGGUGGAUGAAUAUCUCUCAUGGCACCAGAGCAACAUCCGGGCCAAUGCUCCCAAGACCAUGUGGAUCAAGGUGCUCAUCCCUCUCUUCACGGGCCAACCACUUCCUCCCGAGAAACUGCAGGAGGUCAUGGAAGGCCUGGCCACUUCUUUGAAGCAUCUUGAGGAGACGUUCCUUCAGGACAAACCCUUCCUGGUGGGCAAUGAAGUCUCACUUGCAGACCUGGUGGCCAUUGUGGAGCUCAUGCAGCCAGUUGGUGUUGGAUGUGACAUCUUUAAGGACAGACCCAAGCUAGCAGAGUGGUGCAGCAGAGUGGAGGAAGCUAUUGGGAAGGAUCUCUUCCAACAAGCACAUGAGUUGAUACUGAAUAUCAAACAACUGAGCACGAUCCCAAUCGAUCCACAGUUGAAAGCACAGCUGGGCCCAGUACUGUUGAAGAUGCUGAAAUAAACGAAUAAAAGUGCUUCCAAGGAAA